CUGCCGUAAAGUGAGCACAGCUCCUGUUUACGUCCUUGUCGCAAAGGGCGGGGAGCCGGGCGGUGACCUCUGCCCUGUGACCUGUGAACCCCCGUCCCCCGCGGCCCUGGGGAGACGAAGCGGGGUUACCAUGGCUCUCUAUGUGAAGGCGGCCGCCGUCCUGGGGCAGCUGGAGGGCAAGCGGGGCUCGGUGAAAACCCUGGUUUAUAACAGCGGCCACAAGAAUAUUAAGCAGCUGUUUGCGCUGGUGUGUGAAACACUGAAGUACACGUCUGUGUUGAAUGAAAUUAUUGGCACAACAGAUCUGCUGAAGGAGAAGAAAUUGCAGAUGAAUGUUGCCAAGGUACUGGUAUAUGACCUCCUGUUUGGGAAGGGCUUGAAGUGUGGUGGCAGUUGGAAAGCACUGAUCAUGAAACAUCGUUCCCAAUUAAAAUCAGCACUUGCCAGACUGAAGGUGAAAAGGAAAGUCAGCCGCAAUGAGGAUCUUAUCGAAACAAAAGCUUCCAGUAAGGAAGCUUGCCAGCUGCCUCGCUACGUCCGAGUGAACCUACUGAAGAGCAACACUGAGGAUGUGAUUGACUACUUCAAACGUGAGGGUUACACUUACCUGGGGCAGGCUACCAGUAUAGCUGAUCUGAGGCAGCUUGAUCAGAAACAAUUCAUCAGUGAUCUUCACCUCUCAGAAUUGCUGGUUUUUCAUUCAAAGACAGAUCUUCACGAACAUUUCUUGUACACGGCUGGGCAUAUCAUUCUGCAGGAUAAGGCCAGUUGUCUACCAGCAUAUUUCUUGAACCCUCCAGUAGGUUCUCAUGUGAUUGAUGCAUGUGCAGCUCCUGGGAACAAGACAAGCCACCUUGCUGCUAUUCUCUGUAAUAAAGGGAAACUCUUUGCCUUUGAUCUUGAUACCAAACGUUUGGCUACAAUGGGCACUCUGCUGUUGAGGGCUGGAGUAACAUGCCAUGAACUGGCCAAUCAGGACUUCACGCUUGUGGAUCCCAGCAACCCCAAGUACCAGGAUGUGAAGUAUAUUCUAGUGGACCCAUCAUGCAGUGGUUCUGGAAUUGUAAACCGCUUGAACCAGCUCACAGAUGAUGAGGAGUCAUCAUCUACACAGCGCCUGCAGGCACUUGCGAGUUUCCAGUGCGAAGCCCUCAGCCAUGCCCUGCGCUUCCCAAACGUGGAACGGGUCAUUUACUCAACAUGUUCAAUUCAUCAUGAAGAGAACGAGGAUGUUGUCGAGGAGAUACUACAGCAACACGGCAACCGAAUCAGGCUAGUCAAUCUGAUGCCCUCAUGGCCAUUGCGUGGUCUGGACACAUUCCCGGAAGGUCCGUGGUGUAUCCGCGCGACACCCAACGACACCUUGACCAAUGGGUUUUUUGUUGCCAUGUUUGAAAAGCAGCUUGGAGAGAAAGGGUCCGAGCAUAGCAGAGAAAGGUACAAAUUGCACACUCUCCACAAAAACCUGAUUAGUCACCACCUUAAAGGACAUUAUUCCAUGAUGUUAGUUUCCAUGAUGGCAGUGUCCUUUCCUAAAAGACAUUAGU